UCUCACAUUUAUGUAUUCCAAAAGGGAGUAAGUAUUUGAGCCAGACGUGGAAGUUAGGGCGUUUCGUUGCCGCUGAUAAGAAGUUUCGAUGUGGGCGGGGUAUCGAUCGGCGCCGAGCGAGUGCGCGACUCGUGGUCCUGGCAGUAAACAGAAAGCACGCUCUCAUCAGUGCUAUCAGUCGAGCGGCGUCGCGGAAUGCACACGCUGAACGUGUUGUGUCUAGCUGCCGCCGUGGCGUGCGCUGUACCUCGCCCACUCGGCCCGUCAGCUGCGCCGGCAUUGUCGCAGCUGCCACACCGCAUGGGUCGACAACCGAGGCCCUUCCUCAGGGACUACUUGAUGCCGCGGCUGCUGAUGCCCAGCCCAAUAUUCGGGUACGAAGACAGCCCUCGUGUGAUGGCCCCCGCAGAACCAAUAAAUCAUGAUUGGUUAAACAAGGAGAUUGAUCGUAUCAAUCGAAUGGAUGAAGAUGAGGUUGUAAUACCUCUCGAAGAGGAGUUUACGCGUUGGAUGGCUCAAGAUUCUUACGUGGCUCGUCCAUACGGACUAGAGAUGUCGAAUGAUAAGCCAAUCCAGUACACACCGGACUCUGUUGGCCCCACACCUGAAGAGGUCCAGCCUCUUCCGCCGCCGAGGGAGCUCGUCCAGCCGGAGACCAUUCCCGAACCGAAAGUAUUGCCGUCACGCGAGCAGGAGUUGCCGACACCGGAGCCAACUAAAGUUAUCACUGAAAAAGAAAAGAAGAAAACUUUCGCACUGACACCGCUUGACAAGGAGUACUAUGAGCCCGCGGACAAUAUUAUCACGCAACGAUCUGACGGCCAGCACGAGGGUGGUGAGUCGAAAGCUGUUGUACUGCAGCCGCAGCGCCAAAUACGGCAGAACCCCAAUCUAGGUAGGACGAAGAACUUGGUUGCUGAAAACCUCGACCGUUUGAGGGCCGGACUGGCAAAUAAGGACUACCGUAUACCUGUCUCCUUACUGCCAACCAACCUGCGCUGGUUGAGAGUAAAUCACCCUUCUGAUGUGCCGGAGACAAGUACCCAUGAUCCCGAGAGUACGGAUAAGCCGCGCCACAUCCACGUUUUGGAGUCCGCGGCGGACCCCGCCGACUCAAUCUACGGAAUAGCUCUCAUCGCCGCCGUGGGAACUGCGCUCGCUAUGGCCAUCAUCGGAUUUGCAUUUGGCUGGUACACCCUGAGCAAGAAGGCUAAAGCAGCAGCGGACGUCGACUACCCUGCCUACGGAGUCACUGGUCCGACUAUUGACUCGUCUGGCGACAGGAAGCUCGCUCACUCGGCCCAUAUGUACCACUACCAACACCAGAAACAACAAAUCAUUGCUAUGGAAAGGAACGGUUUAGAACACCGUAACGGAUCCGUGUCCGACCCGGAGUCCGAGGAAGAGAACGAAGAAGGCGACUACACCGUGUAUGAGUGCCCCGGAUUCGCAACGACGGGUGAUAUGGAAGUGAAGAACCCUCUGUUCACCGAGCAACCCACCCCGGCUACCCCUGGCAAGUGUGAGCUAGUCAAGCCCCAGCCCAAAGAUUAAAUGGCUGAAGCGCCCGAUACGCACACACACACACAGCAUGGCGAACGAUCUCAUCCUACUGUUCCACUUCUCUUUUUAUCUGUUUAACUUCAAACAUACUGUUAUGUACGCAACAACACACAUGUCACCAACUGCCACAGAGACACAUUUGUAUACAAACUAAUAUUAACACGCUCUUACAUAAGCAUAUAUAAAGUCGCAACAGGAUCUGAAAUCGUUUAAUUAAUUUCCUUGCCUUCACUGAUAAAGUGCAAGAACUAACUUUAUACAUGCAUAUCUGAGAUCGUAGUGCAAAAAGAUUGCUUUUCAAUUUAAUCAAGGUUUUGUCUAGACAGCGUAUGUAGGUACAGUACAGCACAGUAAGAUAAAUCUGAAAGGUUUAAAAUUCGCACACUUACUGACACACAAAAAAUAGCUAUAGUGUUUAAGUGCAAUUCACAAAAACCGUAUUUUACCUAUCAUGAAGCGAAUUUAUUCUUUUCUAUAAAAAUAUACUGUACUCAAUAUUUACAUUAUAAAUACAAGGUAAUAACUAGCGAACUUCUAACGUUGGAAUAUCGAAACCCCUUCGUAAAAUAUCACGUUUUAAAUGUUUUUAAACUAUUGAUUUUAACCAAAUUUUACCUUUAUUCGGCCUAAGUAAGAAAUAAGUUUUUAUCGAUUAUACAAAAUUUUAUCCAAAGUUAUCAACGCGUAGGGUUUUAGGAAAGGACAUUUUGUAAGAGAACCUGUGCACGGUACCGAAUCGAUGCCUACAUAUUGUAUCCCUAAGAAAUUAUUGGAGCUUAGACUUUGUAUAUGCCACGGAAAAUUAAUUGUUUUUAAAUGAAUAUUAAAGCGGUCUAUUUCUCUUGAACGAGGUCAAAUCCUUUGACGACAUUCUCGUCCGGAUGAAGUGCUUACUCGUAGAUUGUGGUAAUGACAGUUGAAUGGAGACAAGUUCGAAGCCGCGCCUAACUAUAACUGAACUUGAUACAGGAAUUGUACUUAACCUAGAGUCAUUAUUAUAAACCCCUGUGCAUUGUAAAUAACGUCAAUUGCUUUAUUUGUCGUCAAAAUUAUUUAACGUCUUCUUUUAGUGAGGCAUAACCCUACUUGUUGUACCUAAUGGUAUUUAUAAUUAUAGAUAAAUCAGUAUUUAGUAGUAUCUAAAUGUCUUUAUUAUAUGGAAAGACAUCGCUGGCGUAUAGGUAUCUAUAUUUUAUUCGAAGGCGCACAUUUGCAAAUACCUAACAAGUUACAUACCUACAUAUCUUCUACAACUUACCUUUGUACUUUUCCUAAAUGUUUAUCACAAUAUGACAUAAGUAUUUACUAAUAAUUAUAUGUUUCAUAUGCAUAUGACGUCAUACAACACGAAAACCUCACCGUAGUACUUGUACACUGUUCUUAAUGUAACAGUUUUUAAUUGUAAGAGAAAAUAUUUAUUGAGAUGUCACUAUUUAAUGUAUGUUAUCUGUAGUAGGAAUGGUUCAGUCUUCUAUUGGUGUCAAAUGGAGAAUAGUCUGGUUUAAACUGAAGGGGUGAUGGUAACUUAGUCGGGGUCCGCGCAAGUGGAAGAUAGCUACUUGUGUAUUUGUAUGACGGGGUAACGAGGAGCUCGGGAUAGCUCGGGGAGUGAAACAAGCCAAUCCGAUGUCUGUCAUGUAGACUCCGACGUAUUUUCCCUGCUCAGUGUUAUUACUAUAUCGAGAUGUACGCUGUAGUUACUUUAUUUGUCGGCUGUCUGUCUGUGUAAUGCUUAAUCUAUAUUCGAUAUUCGACAUCAAUAUAUUUCGUGUUUCGUUAGAGGAAUUGAAGAUGUAGAUAAUCAAAUGAAGUAAAAUUUUACGGUUCGGAGUAUGUGACUUGAAAUAGAUAGGAAAUUAAAUUAGCCCGGAUUAUUGGAAUUAAGAAACUACGUAACUAUCGGACACAUUUAAUUGCAUAUCUUCAGCUUAAAAACUUAUUAUAUUAGUUAUUUUUUGUUAGAAUUUGAGAGAGAUGAUCUAAUUUAUUUUCUUUACGGGAACCUAUAUUUACUAGAUGUACGCAAAAUAUAAUAUCGUAUAUGGUGUUAAAUUAACUGUCGUUGUAUUAACCAACAUAAUAUAACCUAACUCUUGUAGCGUGUCAGAUGUUAUAUAUUUAAUAAAAUAAUUAUUAUAUGUAGCGGGUACGACCUGAACGUAUUAAAUUAUUUUUCGAAUGUUUUAUGUACCAACUUAUCUUUCUGUCAAUUGUAUUUGACUGAAUGUCUCACCGUGCCAUGCGUCUUGUACCUAAAUUAAUUUUAAUGAAAUUAAUUCAAUUAUUUUUUUACCAUUUUCUUUGUUGUUAGCAAGAGCACGUUCCCAAAAAAAUAUUUCUUUAAUAUUUAAAGUUUAUGUUUACUGAUUAGAUUAAUUAGGGCUGAGUAUCCAUAGUACGAACCAAACGGUUUAAGAUUCUACACGUUUCAGUAUUUCGGACUAAGCCAGGUUUUAGCUGAAUUUCAACAGUUUAAUUGCAUGCACAGUUACAAUUUGAGUAAGUAGUGAAGAACUGAUAUAUAUUCCUUGGAAAGGUAUUGUUGUAACUAUAUAAUAUGUUUAUUUUAUUGAAGUACUUAUCAAAUAUCAAUGAACAUGUUCACUCGUUUCAUCUAUUCGUAGUAGCACAAUGUUAACCACUGUUUAACAAUAGAUAUAUAAUUAAAACGUAAGUUAUAUAACAAGAAAUAUAUCAGAAAUUAUAUUGGUGUAUCUAUUUAUGUGUAUUCAAAUUAGUUUCGAGAAUAUAUUUAGUUAUAAAUGGAUUAAUGUGAUAUAUUACAUUACAUUAUAUGUAUACAAUGCAA